AUGAACUCAACUCCGGCCAAUUCAACGCCUCUACCGCCAUUACAACCCUUCACACCAGGCUCCUCGGCUGCAACGCCCGCACCAAUAGCUCUGACCAGGUCCAAGCCCCGUAGACGGCUGUCGUCGAACGUGGUGGGUGUGUCGGACCGGCGGCGGCUGCUGCAAAUGCUUCAAAACGUGGAGGAAGUGUCUCCAGGUCCCGAUAGUGCAAGUGAAGCGGGAGAGUCGCCGUCUAUUCGAUCUCAAGAUGAAGCACAUCUGGAACAUCUUUCUUCGGCGAGAAUCUGCAUGGAUGAAGACAAGGAGCUGUUGAUUCAUCAGGCGCUACCAGCAUUUGAAAAUACGCUGCUUCGGUUCGUACAGGCGUUGUCCAAGUACGACUUUCGACAGGAUCUGGCAGAAACCCUGAUGGAGACAGAAUCGCAGUUUUGUGAGGCCGUGGACGAGCUGGUGGAGCACCAACAGGCGGCACAGACAAUCGCGGCACUGGAACGUGUCAGUGAAGGGUUGGACGACAAGAUUCGAGACAUGAUCCGCAAACUGGCAGAGUGCAGACGAGAGCUGCGAAACUACCAGCCCAACAACGAGAACCAGUCGACCUUGUCGUCGGCAGAUCUGCUGACAUAUGCCACGCGAAUUGCAAACUUCACCACAGCUCCUCCGUACUUUAGAGAGCGGCCUGAGCACUCGAAGCUGCCCUGGCCAAUUGAAGACGAGAUGAGAAAGGGAUUGCUGGCUCUUAUGGAAGUAGGAAAGGACAAGACGGAGCUCGGAGAGCUGGCGGACCCGGAGAAGUUCGCACACACCGCUGCAAAUGGUGUGGCUCCCAAUGGAGCGGCUCCCGUGGCCAACGGAGUAGCUCAGAACCACAACAAUGGAUAUGCUAUGGAACGACGACUAUCGACGGGCUACGGAAGCGAUAAUGAUGGCGAUACGAAUAUGAACGGAAGGAGUGGUUUGGCGGGUCUGGACAUCUUUGACGAUGAUGAUGAUGACGAUGACGAUGAUUAA